UUGUUGAAAAGGGCCCAUGCUUCGACCGAUAUUGCACGCGUCCGAUAUUUGCGUCCUCCCCCAGAUCCUUCCAGAUCCACACUCCAAACUGCCCUUUCCCACGCACUUCCGCCCCCAAGAACAACACUAACCAGAACUACAAUGGGCAACCGUCCACCUCUCCUCGAUAUCACCGCCCUGCCACACAAAGGCCGCAGCUUCCUUCUGAACGAAGAUGUCAGCGCGGGCGACGUAGUGUUGAGAACGAAACCUUAUGCUGCGAUUCCCGACUGCGGCUCCAGAACGUUCGUCUGCGCGCAUUGUCUGAAACCGCCAAAGAUCACGCAUCAAGAGCAGUCACAUUCCGCUUCGCCUGAACGAGAACGGCAACCGCUGCCGGUCAGCUGUGUUACUUGUUGCGUAGCAUCCUAUUGUACGUCUACCUGCGCCGACCGGGACUUUCUGAAAUUCCAUCGGUUCGAAUGCGCGUUUUUGGCGGAGUUGGGGGCGACGACGAAGAAUGACGAUGACGGCGCAUUGACGGAGUAUGAGAGGGAUUACCUGUGGCUGCUUGUGAGGGUGCUCAUUGGAAGGGCGUGGGAGGUGAAGGGUGAGGAGCAUGAUGUGAAAGAUGAUACAUCUGCGAGGGAAGCGGAGGAGACGAUGCGGUUUGAGGAUGUCUGGGCGCUCUGUUCCAACGCGUCGUCGUUCUCCGCCGAGGCGGUCAAGAGGUUUCAUGUCGUUGCCGGACAUUUGUUGCACUUUGUGCAGGGGCAUCUGCUACCAGGAUUUAAAUUCCCAUCGGAUGUCGAGGACUCGUUAUUGUGGGCGCCUGAAACGCAAGAUGUGCCGAACCCAAAAUCACCGCCGCCAAAUGCGGCCGCUUCGAAUUCACCGCAACACUCGGCGCUGUACAAGUCGCUACUCACGCUCAUCUGCAAAGAAGAAUGCAACUCCUUCGGGCUCUACACAUUCGCAUAUCAGGGUCCCACCGUUCCCCGGCAGGGUUACGCGUUGGCGCUGUACCCCAGAGCUGUGUUCUUCAACCACUCGUGCUUGCCGAAUGUCGGACAUAUCACAAACACUUGCUUGGAGUCGAGUGCGGGGACGGUCAAAGCAUCCGGAGGGCAGGAGAAAAUGGUGGAUUAUACUGAGUUGAUAUUCUACGCUACGCGAGACAUCAAGCGCGGAGAUGAGGCGGUGAUUUCGUACAUUGAGCUGGACGAGGCUGAUACUGAUGCCGCUGGGGAUGGAGAGGGACGGUCGGCAGUGGAGAGACGACGCAUGGCGCUCAACGACAUGUUUUUCUUCAAGUGUGCAUGUGUGCGAUGCGAAUUCGAAGCGGAUGCCACGACGCCUCCGCGGACGCUGACCGAUCUCAGCGCGUUGCUGUGCCGCAAGGAUGGCUGCCGGGGCCGAUUCAUGCCAUCCGCUCUAGCCGGCUCUCAUGAACCUGAGCCAGCCACGGAGGGAACAAAAGGAGGAUUGACAAAAGCAUCGCCGGCGAUAACCGAAGACCCUUCCCCAGCUCGUACUGACAGCGCCAAAGACCUGCGCCUAAAAACAGCACAUGCACGGAAACAUGGACCUAGCAGACAAACAUGGACAUGUGAAGCAUGCGGACGAAUACGCCAGAACGCGUGAUAUAUUGUAUUGUCGUUUUAGGGAAGGGGGAUUGUGCAACGACAGUCCAACGUCGUCUUCGAGUAGAAAACGGGGCAGUUGUUGGACGA